AUUCCUGUCUUCUUGAUAAUUUUAAAUUAUUUUGUUGAUCUUUGUAUCAGGUUACUCAAGUUGUGGUGUGAACUUUGGACUUAUCAAAAAACUUUGAUUCAAAUCUCUGCUUUUGAAACAAUACAAUUCACAUGCAAGUUAUGAUCUGAAUUUCUUUCAAGUUCUGUUGUAUCUGUUCUAGUUAAGUGGUGUGAUCUGUGUUUCAAGCUCUGUUAAAAUGGCAUUGCUAUGUUUUCAGUCUCUCAGAAUGCUCAGAUCGGGUAUUAGGUGUAUGAGCCAAAAUGCUCAGCUUGUAUCUCUCACAGUAAAUGAUAAAACAGGAGUUGCCACUCUCAGUUUGCAGAGGCCCCCUGUGAACAGUCUAAAUCUGGAACUGUUGACUGAAAUAUCAUCAGCUCUAACUGAAGCUACUGAUAAUAACUCAAGAGGUCUGAUUCUAACAUCAACUAAUGAUGGUGUGUUCUCUGCUGGACUGGAUAUCUUGGAAAUGUACAAACCAAAUUUGGAUAGGGUGAAAGAGUUUUGGACAAAAUUACAAGAAACAUGGAUAAAACUGUACCAGACUGCAUACCCCACUGUGGCUGUGAUAAAUGGUCAUUCUCCAGCUGGUGGUUGCCUGUUAGCUCUGAGCUGUGAACACAGAAUUAUGGUCAAGAAUUUCACCAUUGGUUUGAAUGAAACCCGUCUAGGAAUUGUUGCACCCCCAUGGUUCAUUGCUAGUAUGGUGAAUGUAAUAGGCCAGAGGCAAAGUGAGAGGGCCUUGACUUUAGGGCACAUGUUCACCACAGAAGAAGCAAAAAAUGUGGGGUUGAUUGAUGAAAUUGUUCAAAACAAAGCAGAAGGUACCACACAAGCAGAAGCUUUCAUUCAAAAAUUUGCUAAAAUUCCAUUUCAAGCCAGAUCACUGACAAAAACGUGGUUGAGGAAUAAAACUGUGGAAAGCUUGGUGAAGAAUAGAGAGGAUGAUUUGAACAUGUUUCUUCAGGUAGUCACCCAACCUAAUGCUCAAGAGUCACUUGGUCACUACAUACAGUCACUAAAAAAUAAAGCAACCAAGUGAUUUUUCAUAAUGCAGUUGAUUUUGUGGUGCUGGGAUUUUAUUCUCAUAACUUUUAUUGAUAUAAAGUGGUGAAAUCUGAUAUUUUGUACAAUAUGUUUAUUUUUGAUCACCUAACUUUAAUUAUACAUUUUAUAUGCUAAUGAAAUAGUUAUUCUCCUUAA